CAGUGGACAACACUAUACCGAGGUUGUAUAAAUGCUAUCUCAUGGUUGCUGCUGAAAGUAAAGGAGUUGAAAUAAAGACCAAAAACCUUUGAUAAAUACACAUAAAGGGACAAGAUGUCAAGAAGAUAUGAUUCAAGGACAACCAUUUUCUCCCCUGAAGGGAGGCUUUUUCAAGUUGAAUAUGCAAUGGAAGCAAUUGGCCAUGCAGGCACAUGCCUUGGAAUUUUAGCAAAUGAUGGGGUUUUGCUAGCAGCUGAAAAGAGAAAUACGAAUAAACUGCUGGAUGAGAUUUUUUCUGAGAAAAUUUAUAAACUUCACGAUGAUAUGGCCUGCAGUGUUGCCGGUAUAACAUCAGAUGCCAAUGUUCUUACUCGACAACUUAGACUCAUUGCCCAAAGGUAUCUCUUGACCUACCAAGAACCCAUUCCAUGUGAGCAAUUAGUGACAAAGCUUUGUGAUCUGAAGCAGCAGUAUACACAAACAGGAGGCUACAGACCUUUUGGAGUUUCCCUACUUUACAUGGGCUGGGACAGGCGACUUGGCUUUCAGUUAUACCAGAGUGAUCCUAGUGGCAACUACUCAGGUUGGAAAGCAACUUGCAUUGGGAACAACAGUGUAGCAGCGAUUUCGAUGCUGAAACAAGAAUAUAAGGAGGAAGGUAUAUCUCUCAAAGAAGCACUGAACUUAGGAAUCAAUGUCCUAAGCAAAACAUUAGAUGUUCAGAAGCUGUCUACUGAAAAGGUCGAAAUCGCGACCCUAACUAGAGAGAACGGGAAUACUAUAUUUCACAUCCUUACGCAAGCGGAAGUAGAGAAACUCAUCAAGGUCUAUGAAGAAGAACAGAAGGAGAAAGAGGCAGCCAAAUCUGCUAAGAAGUAACAUUUUUGCAAACAAUUUUCUGAGAAGCCAAAACGAAACUUCGGUUUCCAAUAGGCAUGUCUUCUGAUCCUAAGCUCAAAGAUGCUCUCGAGACGUUUUUUCUCAUGUUUUUGAGCGGUACAGCUCUAUUUGGUGGUAUUAAACUCACUAUGUUUAAAACGCAGUUUGAUGCAAUAAAUAAUAAAUUUCCA